AUGAAAAAAUCUCUUCCAUCAUUAAUCAAUAAUGAAGAUGAUAUUGAUGAUAAGGUGACUGGAGGCAUAGAUCGACAACUUCAGUCCCCUCAUUCAACCACUAAUGAUAAAGUUCCAGGAUCUUCACCACGUCAGAUUUCCAAGAUGAAAAAAUCGCGUCACUUAGAUUGUGACUCGUCUAUGACAUCUAAGGUUGAAACAACAGUUUCGAAAAAGGGGCGAAAACCAGCUUCAUCAUUAGCAGCAAAACCUCAGAAACGUGUUUACUCGCAUUUUGAAUAUAGUGGUAGCAACACUGCAUCAUCUUCACGCAAAGAAUGUAGUGAUUUUGACGUGCUUUAUUACGAAAGUUAUGAUCCCAAUGCACCACCGUUUGAUAGACAAACAUGCAAGCUUAAAUUUUCUUGUACUGUUGGGGACUGUAAGAUGAUAUUAUCAAACAAUGUUAGUUUUAUCUUUCACUUGUGGGCACACUUAUCAGAAUUCAAUUAUUCUACCACUGGUUUUAUGAUAGAACGGGAACUGGAUCAGUUGUAUCGCUGUCCACAAUGUCUUCGUAUCUUUCCUACUCCAUACGAAAUGCAAUUUCAUUUUGGUAAUGUGCAUGGUCCAGAUUUAUCUGCACCCAUAUGCAGAAUAUGUGAAAUUGUUAUUAAAGAACCCGAACACUGGAAAAUUCAUCAUAAAUAUGAUAUUCCAUAUCACUGUAGAAAAUGCCGGUACAGGACGAGCAUAAGAAAUAAUUUUAUAGAUCAUUUCGUUCGAUUUCAUUCAUAUACUCGUAUUUUAUUAUGCCCUUUUUGUUUAGCUUAUUUUCGCGUAUCCGAUACGAAUGCGUCUAUAGUACGUGAAAGUGAAUAUGUCAAGCACUUUUUUCAGCACCAACGAGAGAGUUAUCGCUGUAAUCAGUGUUCGCUGAGAUUCAUAGAUUUUUCUGAUAAAAUCGCACAUAAAAAAGAUCAUAUUGAACCAGAUCCGAACUGGGUCACAGUAACUGCUAGAUUACAUACAAGACGAAAAGGUCGUUAUGAACGGGAGGAACCCGCAGAGCGAUGCUGCAUUGAGUGUAAAGAACCGAUAAAUGAUGUCUUGGCUCAUUUUAAGGAUAGAUAUAAUUGUUCUUAUUGUCAUUAUGAAACUUAUUGUAGAAAAGCGUACGAUCAGCAUGUCUCGAUUGAUUGUAGAAUAGAACGGAAAGGUUUAAACAGCAAUCACUUAUUAAAGGAAGUAGUUAUUUGUGACAACUGUAAUCGUGCCUCCUGCAAUAGAGACAUUUUAAAUCAUAUACGAGAAUGUAGUGGUGGUAGUUGUACUGUUGCCACUUUAAAGCAAGAUGAAAAAACUCUUUUCAGCCACUUAAGUGAUGAAUUCGAAGCGAAGCUUUUUGCACUCCGUCCAGCAAGUCAUUACAGCGAUUUAGAUGAUAAGAGCUUUUCUCGUUCGCACAAUAUAGUUCCACCCGAUUCCACUAUAUCGUUUUCUAAAGCUUAUAUGGAAUUGUAUCAAGCACAUUACCGCUAUGUGUAA